AUGCCAGAAGUUUUACCUGCAAAGUUAUUCUUGAAGCAGCUAGGAAAAAAGGUUAUACACGGAUUAACAUUAACUCUAAGAGGUGCAUUCGUAUUAUGUAUUUGGUUGGUUUUGUUACCUUAUUUUACAAUAUGGAUUUGGCGGUUAUACUUUUUCUUGGGUGGUAGCUUAUCAAAGUUUUUAACGAAAGUACAACAAAUUCAAUUCAAAUUUGGAGUUGCAACAACGAAUAUGACAGGCGCAGAGAAUACGAAUGCCACCGCAGAAAACUUAUCCUGGUUCCAAGAAUAUAGAUCAAAAAUCACCAUACAGGCAUUUUUAGCGGACUGUUUUGAAGGCCAAAUUAUUACUUGCAUUGUAGUGGUGAUCUUCGUAGCAGUAUUUCUGUUAAGAGAGUGGAUAGUGCAAAAUAUACCAAUGAAUGAAGCUGCCAACGAAGAGGAAGAAUUGAAUGUAGUUUACGAUGAUCUAUUAUUCCCCGAGCAACAAGAGCAAGUAGUGAAUGGCUUACAGGAACAACAACCUCGUUUGGACCGAGAGGGAAUUAACAUUUUAGCUAAUGGAAAUGGAAACCAACCUGCUGAUGUAGUAGAUUCUAACGAUGGUAGACUACAUCUCCCACUUUCUAUAGAGGAUCAACUUCAUGACAAUAAUGCUGAACAGUCCAAACGACCUUUUGAUCCUACGAACAAGAGUAUAAAUGACGAGAAGUCAAGGCGUUUCGAUCGUGCAGCUUCAAUGCCUCCAGGUCUCUCUUAUUCAACUAUAGAGGAUGGAUACAACAGCGACGCUUCUGCUGAGGAUCAGGAUAUGGAAUCAUUAGGGCACCGUAGAUCAGCCAGCAUGGAGCCAAUAGGAAGAGAAUCCAUGUCGACGACAGCAUCUAACAGCGCAGAUAUUACUGCAAAUGCCAAUAGCUAUCGUGCUGGUCACCCACCUUAUGCGCCACGGAUUAGGAAUGCAGAAGUGCAUCCCACAUUCAGACAAGGUGCAGAAUUAAAUAAUGUUCAACCUACUGAGGAUAUACUGCCGUCGAUGAUACCGGUACAACCAGCCCAACAACGACAGCAACAGCGACAGCAGCAACAUCUUGCACGAGAACCUCAAGCUGAAGGUAUACGUCAACAACAUAUAGCUGACGUAGAUAAUGUGAAUAUGAAUAAUGUGAAUAAUGAAGAAAUUGAAGAUGAAGACGAGGAUAACAUGGAAGAGUUUGAAGGGGUCUUGGAAGCUAUUGGAAUGCAGGGUAGCUUUUGGUCCCUGCUCCAGAAUUGUGCUUUGAUGGCUCUCUUGAUAGCACUCAGUCUUGCGGUUGCUAUCUGGAUGCCAUAUAUGAUCGGAAUGUUAUUUAUCAUGACCGACAUAGCUGAUUUUAUACGUUUGCCGCUACGGUUAGCUCGAUUGCUGACAGAUCCUCUCGUUGAUUUUGUAUUUCAUAUUUCAAUGAACCUUAUUGUACCUUGGUGUUAUCAAUUCUAUCAUCAAUUUAUCCAAUCUUUUUUCCAAUAUGAAGUUUUAUUAAGCUCCAUCACUCUUAUAUCAGCAAAUAUUUCACGUAUAUACCAUUUUAUUGCUAACCAGCUUCUGGCUGUAACACCACAAACUACUGAAGCCUCAGUACAUAUACCCUCAUCAUCACUUCCAUCUCCCUUUUCAUUGUUACUAUCAUCACCUUCUUCUCUGUUUACAUCUUUAGCAACUAGAUGGAAGGGAGUCGAGCCAUUUCUAUCCUCGGCUUAUCAACGUUACCUAGCAUUAGCCGUUGGUAAAACGCCUGGUGAUCGCCUCGCGUGUAUUUUGAUAGGCUAUUUUAUAGUCACUAUUCUCAGCUGUAGAUACCUUACGCGGUCGACAAACAACAGCAUAGCCCGAGCAAUAUUCGGUCGAACAGCUCAAGAAGUUAUUCGUUACCAAGGCAUUAUACUCAAGGUUGGCAUGUUCAUCCUGAUCGAACUUGUACUUUUCCCUAUCGUGUGUGGAUACUCGUUGGACAUUUCAACUAUGCCCUUAUUCAAGGUCGUUACUAUUGCCAGUCGGCUUCAUUAUCUUAAAGAGCAUCCUGUUCCUUCUGUUUUCAUGCAUUGGUUUUUAGGGACUGGAUUUAUGUUCUUAUUCGCUGUAUUAGUAACUUUAUGUCGUGAUGUAGUACGUCCUGGUGUUAUGUGGUUCAUACGUGAUCCUAAUGAUCCUCAAUUUCAUCCAAUCAGGGAGAUCGUUGAAAGACCUGUCUUAUUCCAACUCAAGAAAAUCGGAGCCAGUGCUUUGAUUUAUUUGACUGUGAUCCUCGUUGGUGUUGGUGGAGUUGUGCACUUUAUAAAGCAUAUUACUGAGCUUAUAUUACCUUUGCGGUGGAAUAUACGUGAGCCUUUAUCAACUAUGCCUAUUGAUAUGAUGGUCAUUCAAAUAGCCAUACCAGCCAUCAUGAAGUAUUUCAAGCCUAAGCGAACGUUAAAGAAGAUGUUUAUCAAAUGGAUUACGUUCACUUGCCGUCAGUUACGGCUCUCUUCGUUCAUGUUUGGAGGCCGCAUACCUGAAGAAGAAGGAACACUGGUGUAUCACAAUCUGAAAGCAUGGUUGCGUCGUGCAUUACCUUCUCGAUACCCACCGGAAGGUGUUAUAGAGAAUAUUAUAGGAGAUGAUGUUUCUUAUUAUUGGGACGGACAAUUGCUGCGCGUUCCUCGCCAUGAUAGUGUACCCAUCAUUGAAAACCGUCGUAUGUUGAUGCCGGUGGAUAACUUUACAUUGGAGCCGCUUGACGAACGGGAACGACGUCUAGGUCACCCUGCUUCGACCGCUGCAGGUGGCGAUGAAAUCAAUACAGUUAUUGUUUACAGUCCUCCUCAUUUCAAACAAAGAAUUCUCGCUUUUGUUAUAUUUAUUUGGAUAACAACAAGUUUAUCUUUCACAACUAGCUUGGUCUUACCGAUAUUGCUGGGAAGAUACAUUUUCCGAGAAGGGUUUAAUAUUGAUCAUGAAGUGCACGACCUGUACUCAUUUGUACUAGGCGCUUUCAUUGUAUUGCUUGCCGGUACACUCGCUUAUCAACUUUUCUGGUCGUUGAAAGAUAUCUACAGCCAAAAUAGUUGGAGUAUGAUGUACGAAACAGCAUGUCACCAACUAAAGCAAUGGUCGUUUUGGCUACUACGGUGGACAUUUUUCUUUAUUUCAUUUGGAUUUGUAGUACCUAUGUCAUUAGGUGCAUUAGCUGAAUUAUACCUGUUAUUGCCUUUGAGGAAAAUGGACGACAAAUAUCUUACCAUUCCAUUAGUCCCGAUGUGGGUCUACGGCUUCAUUUUCAUGGUGGUGAUUCAUGGCUUUGUUGACAACAUGGCUAACAAUCCACUACGAUUGUUAAUCAACAAUAUAUUUCGUGAUGGCAUCAACAAGAUGCAAGUCGGUCUAUGUGUUAAGAAACUGUUGGUACCCUUGGUAAUUACAACAGCAACAGCGAUAAUCCUCCCUUAUCUGGCAGCUUAUGUAAACGUUAAAGCUAUGGGUUUGGAAAAUCCAGAAUUAAGGGUUCGCUUAAUGCAAACGGCAUAUCCGUUUGCUCUCGUGGGUAUCGGAAGCUAUUUCCUUGCUAAAUUUGCUGCGAAAAUUGGCUCCAGAGUAGUCGAAACUGUAAGAGAAGAUAACUAUCUGAUUGGUAGAACUCUACAUAAUUUAGAUGAAUAA